AUGGAAACAGAAUCUAGCAACAUAGCCGAGAGGGAGCAGGACGAGGCCACCCCGGACGAGGCCACCCCGGACGGGGCCGGUGGUGCUAGCCAGACGAACAUACCGGACAAUGCCAAUGUAGACCACGAUACUGACAUACUGGAUGAUGCUGACAUAAUGCACAACGCCGAUGUGAUGCACGAUGCUGAUGCCGACGCCGACAUAGUGCACGACGCCGACGUAAUGCACAACGCCAACGUGCUACACGAUGCCCAAAUCAGCAAGGUCGACAGUAAUACAUACGUUACAGCGCUUCUCGAUACAAAUACAACCUUCCCCAGGCACAGCGUUUUACAUUCUUCAUACUCCGAUCCACCUUCCUUGCCCUUCGAAGGUCACAGCACGGUAUCCCCAGAAGUUUUCUCAGCCCAAUUCCGCGACGAAUCCUACAACAUGGAGCUAGCAUCAACGGCUUUAGCAAGUGCUAAUACGAUGCUGAGACAUACCGAAGAAGGCUGGGACUUUUCGGGUAUUAACCUUCAGAAAUUGCUCCGGAUAUCAGUCUCUCUUGGGAAUAUUGUUGAAAAGCAUGUUAAGGAAGGCUCUACAGUAGCUCAGGUCGAACUAACAGCGCCAUCAAUGAAGACCGAUGGAUAUUACUGCUUGAAAAUCACUCUUGCAAAUGCAUCAGUUAAUCAGAUAGUCCAGCAAAUUCACAAACUUGAUAUCCGCGAUCACGGCACAAGCUGA